CCAGAGCUCUCCAAGCCGCUCAAAGCCGGCGAGUUCGAGCUCAAGAACCGCGUCGUCCUCGCGCCGCUGACGCGCGCGCGCUCGGGCGAAGAUCGCGUCCCGAACGCGACGAACGUCGAGUACUACCGCCAGCGCGCGUGCGCGGGGCUCGUCAUCACGGAGGCGACGACGGUGUCCCCGAUGGCGAACGGCUGGGCGGACUCGCCGGGGAUCUACACCCGCGAGCAAGUCGCCGGGUGGAAGAACGUCGUCGACGCCGUGCACGCCGAGGGCGGGACGAUCGCGUGCCAGCUGUGGUACAUCGGACGACCCGGGCACUCGACGUACAUGCCCGACGGCGGGCCCGUCGUCUCCGCGAGCGACGUCCCCAUCGACCCGAAGCACGACGGCGUGUGGGGCGCGGACUUUAAGAAGCACCCGCACGAGACCCCGAGCCCGCUGACGCUGGAGCAGAUCGAGACGCUGAUCGAGGAGUACGGCGUCGCCGCGGCGAACGCCAAGGAGGCGGGCUUCGACGGGAUCGAGGUGCACGCCGGGAACGGGUACCUGCUCGAUCAGGCGCGUUCUUUCCUUCAGUCGUCCACGAACAAGAGGGACGACAAGUACGGCGGCGACUUCGACGGGCGGUUCACCCUGCUCAAAGAGAUCAUCGAGAAGUGCGUGGAGAAGGCGUUCCCCACGUCCAGGAUCGGCGUGCGGAUCUCCCCCAACGGCGUCUUCAACGGCAUGGGAAGCGCGGACAACCACGACGCGUUCGUGCACUACGCCAAACGACUCCAGAAGAUGAACCUCGCGUACCUCAGCGUGAUGGACGGCCUCGGGUUCGGAUACCACGACGUGAGCCCCGUGGUCGACCUGCCGUGCCUGCGCAAAGAUGCUGGGUACACGAACGCGUUGUUCGGGAACGUCGGGUACACGGGCGAGUCCGCGAACGCGGCGAUCGAAGCCGGCGACGCCGACGCGAUAAUCUUCGGGCGGCCUUUCAUCGCCAACCCGGACUUGCCGUAUCGCCUCACGAACGGGUGGGAGCUCGCGGAGAGCGACGCGAGCAAGUGGUACACCGCGGGCGAGGAGAGCAGGAAGACGCCGGAGAUCGGGUACGCGGACUAUCCCGCGUACGAGGUCAAGUGA